AUGGUCACUCCUGCCGUUAAGCACACCAUCGUGAAGAAGCGUCGCGCUCACUUCAAGCGCCACCAGUCUAACCGCUUCAUGCGUGUUGGUGAGUCCUGGAGAAAGCCCAAGGGUAUUGAUUCUUGCGUCCGCAGACGUUUCAAGGGUCAGGCUCCCAUGCCCAAGAUCGGUUAUGGUUCGGACAAGAAGACCCGUCACUUGUUGCCCAACGGUUUCCGCAAGUUCUCCGUUUCCAACGUCCGUGAAGUUGAAUUGUUGUUGAUGCACAACCGCACCUACGCCGCCGAGAUUGCUCACAAUGUUUCCUCCAAGAAGCGUGUCGCUAUCCUCGAACGUGCUGCUCAGCUUAACGUUAAGGUCAUCAACGCCGGUGCCCGUCUCAGAUCUCAGGAGUAA